UAUCCGGCAGCAUGUGUAAAGCGAGAAAAACUAAUGUUGAAUGAGUUAUAUAGUAACAGAUAAACAACUUGUAAUUUGACACCUAGAUAAUCUGCUAUGACAGAGAGAAACAACAACAAACUUCCGAGUAACUUACCUCAGUUACAGAAUUUGAUAAAACGAGAUCCAGAUUCGUAUAAGGAUGAGUUUCUUCAGCAGUAUCGCCAUUUUCUGUCCAAUAUGGAGAUAUUUGCUCUUAAACCAUCAUCAUAUUCACAGACACUUGCAGAGCUAGUCAUGUUUGUAGCACAGGUGGCCCACUGUUACCCAGAUGAACUGGCAAACUUUCCCCAGCAGCUGAGGGAACAGCUUCACAGGAAUGCCACUGUACUUGACCCUGCACUCAGAAUGACUUUUUGCAAGGCCCUAAUUGCUCUUAGGAACAAAGGCUUGCUGCCUCCUAUCACUGUCCUGGAGCUGUUCUUUGAACUGUUCAGAUGUCAGGACAAGCUGCUGAGGAAGACCCUGUAUAACUACAUAGUACAGGAUAUCAAGAUGGUCAAUGCCAAACACAAGAAUUCAAAAGUCAACACAACUUUGCAGAAUUUCAUGUAUACCAUGUUGAGGGAUAGUAAUGCCAUUGCAGCCAAAAUGUCACUGGUAAGUCACCUAUGGUCAUAUCAUGCAUCACAUUUAUUUGUUUCUAAUCACUUAUACUGA